AAACGUUUACCGUCAUCCAUGUUUACAAUCAGAUCAGUGAUAAACAAUGCAUUUUAAUGGUUAAAAUAUAUAGUUCUACGCAUAAUAACAAAAUAAUAAAUAAAGUUAUGAAUAAGUGCUAACUUUAGACAUUAUUUAUAACUAAGUGCCAUUUAUAAGAACGUCUAAAAUGAGUGCCAAAUCUUCAGAUCCACGAGACGGAGCCCGUUCCAGAUCUCCCAGCCGCCCUAGGCCUGCUGCACGUCAGUAUAAGGAAGAAAUUAUAGUCUGCAAUCCGCUGAAGUCCCUAAGUGAUGUCUCAGAGUUUUUGAACAACCCCCCGGUAUGGAGGUCUCUCUGUAUAGAUUUGCGACCGCAUAGUGAUAUGGUUAUUCGAAAUUUGGAUAUUGUACGGCAAAAUCAGGGUUCAGAUCAUGAAAUAGAACUGGUGCGACCAGAGGCGUUCUGCCAUUUUGACCUAGACAAGCAAGAUGUUAAGAGACAUAAGAGGAAAAACUUGCCCAAGACUUUGGUGUGUCAUGACAUGGCCAAUGGAUAUCACGAUGACUGCAAUAUAGAUGGUACAGGCAACUAUGAGGCGUACACAUUCUACAACUGGGCGGCGGUGGACAUAUUCUGCUAUUUCAGUCACCAUUUCGUGACGGUGCCGCCGCUGGGCUGGAUCAACGUGGGGCAUGCCCAUGGGGUCAAAGUUAUUGGCACAGUUAUAACGGAGUGGGGCGACGGCGCCGACACCUGGGAGGAGCUGCUGGCGGACCCGGAGGCGUGGAGGGGCUUCGCCGGCAACCUGGUCGCCGUCGCCAAGACGCUGAAGUUCGAUGGGUACCUGCUCAACGUAGAGAACAAGAUAACGAAGCCAGCAGAGCUGGUUGAGUUUGUGCGCUACCUGCAUAAGUUAUUGCACAGUGAGAUACCGGACUCUGUGCUCAUCUGGUAUGACUCGGUCACCGUCGCUGGGGAACUUGCCUGGCAGAAUACUCUUAAUGAUAACAACAAAGCAUUCUUCGAAGCUUGCGACGGCAUAUUCACCAACUACUCGUGGUCGGAGCGACACGUGAGCGACGCGAGGAGAGCGGCCGGCGAGCGACACCGCGACGUGUUCGUAGGCAUUGACGUGUGGGGGCGGAAUUUUAUAGGUGGUGGACAAUUUAAUACACAGGAGGCAGUAAAGAUAGCCCACAAGCACGGGCUAUCCCUGGCCAUAUUCGCGCCCGCCUGGACGCACGAGGCCCUCGACCCCUCCCCCUCGGCCUCCUGGCUCCGCGCGUACACACUGAGGGAGCGAGCGUUGUGGACCAGUGUGUGGCCGUUCUUGAACACUAAGCUGCCUAAAACACUACCGUUUAGUACGUCGUUCUGCACUGGGCUGGGAAGGAAGAGAAGAUUAUAUGGAGAAGUACUAGGCCCAGUCCCAUGGUACAACCUCCGCCACCAGCAGUACCAGCCCAACGCGACCCUCGGACCCCACGGAUACACCCUCACACCCCUCCCUCCCCCACAAACCCCCCCUACAAACGACGAACCAAAACCGAAACCCCCAAAAAGAUACCAACUCGAAAGCACAGAAGAAGAAUCUUGUAUCGAACUAUUUCUAGAAGAUAGUUUCACAGGGGGCGGUUGUCUUAUAAUAAACCCACUUAAACUUAUACGUUUAUUUCAUUGUGAUUUUUAUAUUGAGAAUACUUUAAUAGCCUGUGUGGUUACGAAAACUUUACCAGAAUAUGAAGAUGUGUUUCUAAAUAUAGUUUUGACGGUAAAAGGUCAGGAUUGGACAGAGUCUAGAGUUGUUCUAGCAGGGACGAGGAAUUUGACAGAGCAUGGAAUUGACAAUGCUUUGACAGUGUCUGCUGUGAGUGGAGAGGUGUUUAAGGCGUUGCAGAGGUAUCUGCUGCUGAACCAGCCAGGGUUUUACGUGUCGGUGGAGAAUGCUUAUGGAUGGAAAGUCAGGUACUACUCCAUUCCCCUGGCGGGGCGGCGCGUGACGUCGGCGAGCGCCCGCGCGCGGGGCGGGGGCGGGGGCCGGGGAGGGGGCCGUGGCCGGGGCGGGGGAGGGGGCGGGGGCGCGCGGGGCCCGGGACCCGCGCUGCUGGGACACUUCGCUCUGUGCCAUAAAUUCAACAAUACGGACUGA